CAGAAGGCUCCAAAUUUGAAAGCGGGAGCUGAGGCUGCGAGGAUGAACAUGCAGCGGAAAGGAAGGCUGGAAGCCGGGGCCUGGAGCUGAACCUGAGUGUGCGGCCCUUUGUAGGAGUUAAACUAUCUGACAGAGUCACUAGACGAGCUUUCUUCUCUUGGAGGUCUUUGUGCAGUGAACCAAGGGCCCACAUGAGCAGAGCAAUGCAGUGCACUCCUAAAUCAAAUGUCAACCUACAGAGCUACAAAGGCCAGCACUGCUAUGAGGACUGCUCUGACAGCGGAUACUCGGGUUGGUUCCAGAGCCCACAGAGCAUCAGCGGGGGGGACAUCUCUGGGUCUCUGUCUCCAUCAGAAAUCUGCGAAACUCCUAAAGAGAACCUCCGGCUUCAUGUCACCCCUAAGGAGCAGAGCAGAGGACCGGUUAGGGUUUUGGGGAGAGACAACAGAGAAGCAGCAUCAGUAGGGAGCUGGUGUGAAACGCCGAAGCUAAACAGAAGGGGACCUUUACUGCGCCACAAGCUUCUAACAAGCAAACCCGCCUUGGUGAAAACUGAUGGGACGGGACCAACAUUCCCCUCGAAUGCAGAGUCCUGUUUGAGUAAGAGACCUGAACACUGGCUCAGUGCAUCAUUUAACUCUCUGGAUCUAACAACCGACGGGGCCACGGGCGGUUCAAACAUGGGUCACGACGCGGCGAUGUCCGGCAGGAAACGGCGGCUCCUCUUCUCGCAGAUGAGGACCUCCACCCGUGAAGACGGCAAACCCGACACCUGCAUGUUCUCCUUCGAGGGAGGCGUCGUCUCGGAAGCAGAUUUCGGGGGGAGCAUUUCCUUGAACCCGCUCAAUGCAGAAACUCCACGUCGUGACAAAUUGUUCCCCAUGUUAACCAGCGAAAACCUUCAAUCCCCAUUGAACAGUGAAAAUGAUGACAGCGGCAGUCUCAUCUACACGCCAUUGUUUACUCAAACCCCGAAAGACAUCAGGUCUGUCUGUGAGGACAGUGGUUUCAGCUCCUUAACGCUUGACAAAUCUCAAGAUUCUUCAGUGGACCAUGACGGCUCGUUCCAGGAGCUUCUUGGCUCCGCCUCCAAAGGAAUCAAUGGGACCCCAAAUCUGAAUGCAAAGAGACCCUCCCGUUUGCAGCGCCACCAUCGGCUUUCUACCCUUAAAGAAGGCGGAUCUCAGUCUGAGGAAGACUCAGGAAACCGGCGACAUGAAGAACGCCCUAAAAAUAGCAGCCAUUCUAAUGAUGACGUUUUUGCAGAAGUUACGCCCUGCAGCAAAAUGUCUGAUAGAUGUUUUAACAGCCUGAUUUUUGCCAAAAACGACUCAAACACCCCAUUAAGUGCCUCUUCAUCCAAGCUUGAGAAAGCAUCACCUCAGUGCGCAGACCCUGCUCCUCCAGCCAUGACUCCACUCAGGACGUCCCCAGCUGACCUGUCUCUGACUCCGGCCUUGCAGCUAGUCCAUGCUAUCUGCCAGCAGAGGGUCCAGAGAUCUGGUCAAAGUCCAAGUCUGAGGGAAGAGCUGAAGCUCACAGCAGCACUUGUUGAGACUCCAGUGAUGUUCAGGACCACCAUGCCUUUAGCGGGGAUGAUCGGCAGGAAGAUGGGCCUGGGGGAGCUGGAUAUCCUCACAGAGCUGAAGAAGAGGAACCUCAGGCACAUCCUGGCGAAUAUUUUCAGCAAGCUGAACCCUGAGUGUCUCUACAGAUGUGGGCUAGUUUGCAAAAGUUGGAAUGAAAUGAUCCAUCAGGACCACCACGCUAGUCUUAGGAGAAUGAUCUACAUGAGGGAACUGGAGGAAGCUCUUGAGGUAGUUUGGUUUAUUUGGCUUCAAACUAAUCACAGGUGUUUUUAUGUCAUUCUUAGGGUCCUGCCACAACUUGCCGAUUUAGCCAGCAUAUGCCCGACCUCCCAGAAUCUCCUAAAAUGCUGGCAUACUCUGAACUUUCUAGUUUUUCAAUUUUGGGCGUAUAGAGUAGUCAUAAGGAGUCCCGAGCUUUUGUCAGCCUAA